CUUUAAAAUGUUUAUUUUUUGGGAACUACUAUCUUCAUGAUUUUUUUAUUUUAUUUAUAACAAUCCUCUUAAAUGUAUGCUAGUUUCAUCUUGAGGAUAAAAAUGAAGUAGUCAUUUUGCUGUUCACUUCAAGUAAAAAGGUGGCAGAGAGGAGUCAAGACAUAUUUAAUGUUCUGUAACGUGCCAAAUGCACAUUAUACAUAAGGCAAUGCAUACCGUGCACUGCAUACAUUGGCUUUGAUUGUCUAUACUUUGGCUGUAGUUUAGAUGCACAACCCUGAUUCCCAAGUGCAGUUUUCCCAUUCCAUGUGGGCUUUUUUUGGGGCAUGGGGGCCAUGACGCAUAUCACAUUUGACAGCAAAAAACAGUGAAAAUUCAUCAGGGGAUGUAUUUCGCGUGUAUUGUGGAGUGUAACCAUGUGCCCGUGUGUAAUGUCUUCAUAAACAGGCUGACAUGGCUUCAAACAGUCUCUUCGGUGCCGGCAGCCACACACUCGACACAAAUGCCGUGACGAAGCAUCGACCCGCUCCCUCGCCAUCCAACCUCGACGUGGACGAAGCCGAAACGCGCUACCUCCACGAGCGCGGCGCAGCGCCCCCGAGAGGCCUGGUGGCCACCGACAGCCCCAAUUUCCUGUGCAGCAGCCUGCCGCAUCACUGGAGGUGCAACAAGACCUUGCCUCGACCUUUCGCUGUAGUUUGCCUGGGCAACGACGUGGCAGACGGCGUUCUGGUCACGCUGAUGGCGGGAAACGAUGACAACAGCAGCGCCGAGUUACGCAACGCCACCGCCACAGUGAGGCAGGGACACGCCCACUUCAACGACCUGCGCUUCAUUGGCCGCAGCGGCAGAGGUAAGAGCUUCACCCUGUUCAUCAACGUGCUGACCACGCCCCCUCAGGUGGCCACGCUGCACAGGGCCAUCAAGGUGACGGUGGAUGGCCCGCGCAUGCCCAGGCGCCAGCGUCAAAAAGAAGCGGAGUCAGCACUUUUCAGGUCGUCCAGCUGCGGUGUGAUCACUUCAGAUUGCAGAUCCUCCUCCUCCCUGUGGUCCAGCGAGCCGUCCCUGUUGGGCCAGAUGGCCGCCCUGACGUCUUCCUUCCCUGCGCCUCCCCGAAUGCACCCGCAUCACCACCAGCACCAUCGCCAGCGCCAUGCCACCCUGUCCUACGCCGCCCAGCCCGCCGCCUACGCCUCCUACCUCAGCUCGGCGCCCGCCCCUCCGCUCAGCCACGGCGGCCCCUUCUUCUACGCGCCCAACCAAGCCAUCGAGAGCGUGGGGGACGACGGCGGCGUGGCGGCGGCGUUGAGCGCUUAUAUCGAAGGGGCGUGUUUUACCCUCAGGGGGGAGGAGCCUGUGUGGAGACCUUAUUGAGAUGUGCUUGCCAAAUUAGCCAAUUCGAAAUGUUGUUCCGACAGUCCAGACCUGAAAGGUUCCACCAAACAUGUCCAGUUCUAGGGUAGUAGUACAAAUGGUCAUCAUAAUUAAAUGACAUAAACGACAAGAGAGUAUCUGUAUAAACUGAACUUGCAUGUGAAUGCUGAAGAGAGUUCCUCCUGGAAUGGAACAAUAAAGCGAGAGUCAACAUG